AUUAUGGCAGUAAAUGUUUCCUGUUUCCUGUUCCGAAUACUUGAGGGCAAUAUGAUCUUUUAGUUUUCAUGAAUGUGCAAAAUAUGGAUCAGGGCAAAAUGAAAUGUAAGAAAAGAAAAGGACUGAAUGUUUGAAUGCACUGUGCCACAGAGGAGGUCAGAUUAUUUUUGCAUGCUGAUUUGUGUAUUCUUCUUCAUUUGGUACUUCUGAUAUGCGCUUCAAUUUCAUUUUUCGCAUUGGAUUGCUGAACGGUAGCUUCACCAGCACAAUGAAACCCUUCUUUAUUUCUCUGCUUCUCCUGGAGUUUUUUCUACAUGAAUCGGCUCAAUGCACCGUCCAAGCCUCAGAGUUUCACCUGGAAGGAGAUUAUUUGUUGGCUGGACUUUUCAACAUUCACCAUGAUAGUUCUCCUGUUGUACAAGACCGACCAGAAGCCGUUGACUGCUCCGGUAAACCCUUCAUUCUUUCAAGUUAUCGGAGGUUUCAGUUGAUGAGAUUCUCUGUAGAGGAAAUCAAUAACUCCACCGACCUCCUGCCAAAUGUGUCUCUCGGAUAUGAGAUAUUUGACCACUGCUCAGAUAUACACAGUUUUCCAAUCAUCUUUAAACUUCUCUCCGUUGAUGGCUUGAUCCAACCUUGGGCUGAACCACCCAAGAAUCUGUCCAAAGUCAUGGCUGUGGUCGGCACUUAUACGAGCACUCAGGCACUGACUGUCGCCCCGCUGUUCAUGAUGGAUCUCAUUCCGAUGGUCAGUUACGCAGCUUCAAGUACGGUAUUUUCAAGAAAACAGAAUUUCCCCUCUUUCCUACGAACAGUUCAUCCCAAUAAAGACGUCAUAGAAGUGAUUGUUAAUAUUAUGCAACACUUCAACUGGAGCUGGGUCGCAUUCCUUCACAUUGAUGAUAAUUAUGGAAACGAUGGCCGGGAAUUGUUCAUAAAGAAAAUUGAUGGCACUGAGAUUUGCCUGGCAUACACCAAAGGCCUUGAUCAACAUACUAAUUAUUCACAAGUAUUCAGACAGAUAGAGGCACAAAAAAUAACCACUAUUAUUGUUUUUGCUCCUGAAUGGACUGCUGAAGCUCUCAUUAAAUCAGCAAUACAACAGAACGUCACCAACAAGGUGUGGAUAGCAGGAGAUGGAUGGUCCUUAAACAAGGAGCUCCCCAAAGAGAAAGGAAUACAUAAUAUUGGUACUAUACUUGGGGUCUCUGAACCAAAGGUUACAAUACCUGGUUUCAGUGAUUUUAUCCAUCAUUCCAAAGGCCAGACUCACUGUGAAAAUGCAAAACAAAGUAUGUUUUGCAAUCAGGUUUGCAACUCCAGCAGCCUGAAACCAGAAGAAAUCCUCAAUGUGGAUCCAUCUUUUAAUUUUCCUGUUUAUGCUGCUGUACAUGCCAUCGCCCAUGCCUUACACAAUACCUUGCAAUGUGACUCAGGCAGAUGUAACAGGAAUAUUACAGCGUACCCAUACAUGGUUCUAGCAGAGCUGAAGAAGUCAAACUUUACACUUUUAAAUCAAAGUGUCACAUUUGAUGAGAAUGGUGACCCCAACUAUGGAUCCUAUUCUAUAGUUUUCUGGAACCAAAGCGGUGACGCACAGGAGAUUGGCUUUCAUAACUUUUACCCAAACUUGUAUUUCUUCAUCGACAACAGCAAAAUUCAGUGGAAGACAAAGGAAGUGCCUACUUCACGGUGUUCCCAAGAAUGUGAUGAAGGAUCCAAAAAAAUGCCAGAUGGAAUCCACAGAUGCUGUUUCAAAUGUGAAAUCUGUCCAAAGGGCACUUAUUUCAACAAAACAGAAGAUCCCUACGAGUGCAUCAACUGUAAGGAAACAGAAUGGUCUGCAGCAGGAAGCACAUCAUGUAAUCUGCGGGAGUUGGAGUUUGUCCCAUUCACAGACAUUGGUGCCAUACUGAUCAUGGUGGGAGCCUGGGCCUUGGUGGUCCUCACAGUAGCCAUGUCCGUUCUCUUUGCCAUUAACUACAACACACCUGUCGUCCGAUCUGCAGGGGGGCCGAUGUGCUUCCUCAUUUUUGGCUGCCUGUGUCUGUCUAAUGUCAGUGUGUUCUUUUACUUUGGUAAGCCCACCGGUUCUUCUUGUGUCAUGAGACUCUUACCAUUUCUCUUGUUUUACACCGUUUGUCUAUCAUGUUUUGUGGUGCGAUCUUUCCAAAUUGUUUUCAUUUUCAAAAUAGCUGCCAAGUUCCCAAAGCUCCACAGUGUGUGGAUAAAGUAUCAUGGACAGUGGCUGUUCAUCACAAUGAUAUUUGUUACUCAGGCACUCUUACUUCUUUUUGGCUAUGCAUUUGCACCUUGCAAUCCCCACAAUGAAACCUCUUGGUACCCAGACAAAACCAUCCUUGUUUGUGAGAUGAAUAUCAAAGCAUCCAUUGGUCCUGUGGUUUUACUUGUAUCUCUGUGCUUCCUUUGCUUUGUUUUCUCAUACAUGGGCAAAGACCUUCCUAAAAAUUACAAUGAAGCCAAAGCAAUAACCUUUUGCCUGCUCCUGCUGAUCCUCACAUGGAUCAUCUUUGCCACUGGAUUCUUACUUUACAGGAGCAAGGACAUCCAGACACUUAACGCCCUGGCAAUACUCUCAAGUCUCUACUCCUUUCUGUUGUGGUAUUUCAUGCCAAAAUGCUACAUCAUCAUUUUCCAAUCCCACAGAAACACGCAAGAGUAUUUCCAAGGUCUCAUUCAGAAUUAUACCACCAGAAAGUAGCAGCUACCAGUAAAUGUGUGUCUGGUUUAUAGAGGACAAGAAAUAUGGUUCAGGAGUCUUAUUUAAAUCUAAUUCUAAUUUAAUUUUUGUAGAAAUGCACACAGUUGUUUAAAUACAUUCCUCUUUUGUUGCACUGUAAUAAGGUUGAUUGCUUAUUUGGUGUUUUUUGCUCAUGGGUUCAGGAAUCUUGAAAUGAACUAUACAGCAUAGACUCCUGCUGUGUUAGAAUCUACAGUCAUGCCAGGGUCUUUGUGGCAUAGUAUAGACUUAUAGGUAAAGCAGUGCCUUGAGCUAAAUGCUACUGUAUAACAUACUAGCAGUACAAAGCUGCAUGGAGCAGGUAUAUUUGAUGGCCAACCCAGAAGAUAGGAUUCCCCUGGUUCCCUUAAAAAAGAGCCAAUGGGAUUUUUGGAAUUUAAGUUUGGAUUACUGCAGAAAGAAAACUGAAACAAAGAAAACUUUAUGAUGAUUUUGUUCACACAUUCACACAUGGCCAAUUAAUGGAGCAAUAACAUUAGAAACCACUUGUGAGCAAACACCUUUUUCAGUCAAUUGAAAACUAACAAACAAACACUAUGCUUACGUAUACUUCAAAAGCUCUCUCCAUCAUGAUGUAACUGACUGCAGCUACCAGCCAUUUCGUUUCGUACGUUAACUACAUUUAAAUAUUUUGGCCACAUUACAGUUUUUUUCAAUCGCUAACAAGCGUUUGUCCAAACAGUUUUCACAUUUUCAAAACUCUAAACACAAUUAGCACAGCAUCGGUGUUUUGUGGCCAUACCAUUCACACAUUUCAUGUUGUUUUCACACAAUAUGCAGUCAGUGAACACAUGUCCACAAUGCUUACAUUUUUCUUAACAGACAAGCCAUACCUCCCAACAAAACGAUGGAUUGUUUUAGUAGUAUUCACAAAUGUUAACACACACCGUCCCACAAUAGCAAAAACAAUAUUCCAAACCGUAGAUACAGUAUAAAAACCUCUGCUUCUGCAAUGAUAUCAGUUCAAAAACAAUGUAUCUUAGCUGAUAAUGAACGAACUAUUGAAUAAUUGACAACUGAUUUAUGUUGGUAAAUCAACAACAGCUGAUUCCAGUCUGGCUUAUUUAAGGAGGACUUUGAGGAGUGAUGUUUUUGGAAACAGAAACAGAAAAGGCAAACACUGUAAUGUCUGGACGAGGAAGAGGAAGAGCAAGGGGCCCAG